AUGAAGUCAUCCUUUCUUACCUCUGCCGCACUGCUCGCGGUCUUCCUUGAGCCUGCCAGUGCUAUAUCUGAACCACUACAAAACAUCCUGAUAAACACAGACCGAAGUCCCAUCUACAGAUAUCCAACGGACGUGACUCGCGGUAUCAUUCCUAUCCCGGUGCAUUCUCACAACGAUUACUGGAGAGAUGUCCCUUUCUAUACCGGUACGAUACAGCUAAUAUCUAUUUCUGCUAUUAUUACGGAUGAUUCAGACAGUACUGACCUUCAAUUAGCGUUGUCUGUCGGCUGUAUCUCCAUUGAAGCCGAUGUCUUCCUGUUCAACGACACUCUUUAUGUUGGGCAUGAGGAAUCAGCCUUGUCCAAGGAACGUACCCUCCAGUCCCUCUACAUCGACCCUCUCAUGGGCGUCCUCAAGAAGACCAACCCCAAGAGCCCAUUUGUAAAUGGCCCUACCAGACACGGUGUAUUCGACGCUUCUGCAGGUCAAACCCUCUAUCUCUGGAUCGAUGUCAAGAACUCUGGUGAGAAGGCCUGGCCUCAUAUCGUCAAGGCUCUACAGCCACUCCGUGACGCCAACUACCUGACUAAAAUCCAAAACAAUGAGACCAUGGUCCCGGGCGCAGUCACCGUCAUUGGAACUGGCGGUACGCCACUCAACCAGGUUGUUUCGGUUGCAGACCGAGACUACUUCUAUGAUGGGCCGCUCAAGGACUUGACUGGCUUCACUUCCCUCAUCUCACCAAUUGCUUCCACCAGUCUCAUGGAGGUUGUUGGGGAAAUUACUAGUGAUGGCGAGAACCCGCUUAACAGCACUCAGCUUGAAGCUAUUCGUGACCAGAUCAAAAAGGCAAAAACUAAGGGUAUUGGUGUCAGGUACUGGGAGACUCCCGGUUGGCCAAUUCGUGUGAGAAAUGAGCUGUGGAGGACCCUCUGGAAAGAAGGUGUGGCCUUGUUGAACGCAGAUGAUGUCCAUGCUGCCAAGGAGUUCUUCUAG